GAUGGUCUCUGUGAUGUGUGCCGCAGCAUCACCUGCAGGGCUCCAGGCAGAGAAGUGGGCUGCUUGCCUCCAUUUGGGGUACAAUAUAUCCUGAGGAGGAGGAAGCCAAUGGCGAAAGGGACCCUGAGCAGAAUCUACGACGUGGGCGAGCAGCUGGGCCUGGAGAAGGGCCCGCUGUGCCGUCUGAUCCACUCCUCGGUCUACAACCUCUUCCCCAACUCGGACGUCUUUGAGAGCAACUUCCUCCAGGUGACCAAGAAGGGGAGGUGGGUCAGCAUCACCAACAUGCCCACCGUGGUGACCAUGGGGCUGACCUCCACGGACCCCACCCUCCCGCUGCCCAAUGUCCUGGUGAUGGCCAAGCACCGGCAAACCGGCACCAGAGGGGAGGACCCCCGGCAGCCCGCCUUGGAGCUGACCAGGAUGCUGCCCUUGCGCUACCUGCGCCUGUCUGUCCGGAGCACCCGGCAGCGUAUCCUGCGCCUGCAGAUGGUUUCCCGGAGUGACUUCUUCCUGCAGCUGCACCCGGCCCACCCGGGGGUGGUCUUUGCCUUCUGGGCCCGGCUGGCCGACAUCCUGGAGCGCGGCCUCUCCAUGCGCCACAGCCUCCAUGCGCCCAGGCGGCCAGGCAGCCGAACCAGCAGCAGCAGCAGCAGCUCCUCUUCCGAAGAGGGACUGGUGAGGAAUGUCAGCAAGAAGGUGUCGGGCCUCGUCUCCCAGAUUUCGGGGAAAUCGGCAAAGAAAAAGGAAAUGCAGAGAAGGGCUUCCUUCCUGAAGGAGGGCAAGGAGGAAAUGCGUACUUUGUCCAAUGACCUGAAAGUGCUCUUCUACGACAUGCCUCCUCCGCUGGUGUGCGCCCUGUGCAAGGGCCGCCUGUCCCAGAGCCGCCUGCGCAGGAGGAGCGCCAGCGAGGAGCGGGUCCCCGGCGGUCACUUGGAGCGCGGCCUCCUCUUCCGGCCCUGGACUGACCGGCAGCGCUCCUGCCUCUGGCCGCAAGAGACCCCCGGGUGGCCCCAGCCCCCCCUCCGCCGCCCCAGCAGCCUGGCCAUCACCGCCAGCAGGAGGCAGUAGCCUGGCCAAAGAAAGGCAUUACGUGCCCGCCCGCCCGCCCGCCCGCCCUCCCUCCCA